AAUUAUUUAUAGAUUAUUUGCACUCAGAAAACAAAACAAUAAGCCCUAUAAAUAUUCAAAUAUCCUUUGGCGUUUUGCAGACAAAAAUGAUUUCAGAACAAUACACAAAACAAGCGCGUGCUGCUUGGCACAGUAAGCUGUCAACUUUCUUGUCCGCUACCAGCUGCGUUUGUUCAGUGACGCCGCUAUCUCGUGGCUUUACACAAAAACGCUCAUGAUACAUGGCUCUUCCUCGUGCCCUUGUGAUUUUCUUGACGUUUUCCACUGCUUCUGAGGCGUUUUUCUCGUCUGCUAUGUUAGAACUUGAUCGAGAAAGUGCACUAAAAACUCUCGACCAUGCUAUCAUUACGAACAUUGGGCUCUUGCGAUGUCUGAUAGAAUUCAUAAAGGAUAAUCCGCAAUAUAUCGACGAAGAAAUGGUUGUAAAAUUUGAAGAUUUACAAAGAAUGGUGAUCACGGCAAGUGCGCCUGGUAAGGUUCAAAAUCUGUUCAGUGUGAUGAUGUCCAAAAUGCGUCUACAAAACGCUAUCACCGAAAUACAAAGCUCAAACGCAGAAGUAAAUACAGCGCCUUUGCGGAGUGUCGCUGCCGCUCAUUUUAGCGGUGAACAGUUUAAGGAAGGGUCAAAGCGACUGUUAGAGUUGAAAUCACAAAUAGUAACAUCGUUAUUGAAAGGCGUCAAAUUUGAAUACGCUCGUCAACUUGCUGGUCAAUAUUUACACACGCUACAAGACUUUUACAGCCACUCAAAUUGGGUCGAACUUGAAAAUGGAGUGCGAAAAUUUUACGCACUAACAAAUCCAGCAAAUUCGAUUCCUUCUCAGUAUGUCGCAAAACCAAACGAAGAAACUUGCAUUUCCUGUCCGCUGGCUAUAAAACAAAAUGAAAACUGCGAUAACAACUUGAUAAUACAGAAAAUAACCAGUGGAUAUUACGGAGGGCAGGAUAUUUCAAAGCCAACUAACGUCAGCAAAUGUGGUCACGGCGGAAUCCUCGACAGUAGUCGCAAUCAAGGCACAAGGGGUGGAAUAAAUAAAGAGGCAGCAACAAGAAAGUGGUCUCCUCACUAUAAGCUCCAUACAGUUGCCGCUGAACAUGCCAUAGAAGCUACAAAGCAGUUCUUUGAGGAUUUGCGCACUACUGUUGGCGAUGACAUAUUUGCACGCUUCCUGGAUCUUCAAGCAGUAAGGACAUUAGCUCUUGUCAUAGAUGACACCGGUAGCAUGGGAGAGGAGAUCAAGUCUGUCAAGAAAUUAUCUACCGAUUUUGUACAGAAAACAGAGAAUCCCGCAGGCAGCACGGCUUUUUUUUACAUCCUUGUACCAUUCAAUGACCCACGAGUUGGUCCCGUAACUGUUACAAGUAACCCAGAAGAAGUAAUUCAGGCCGUAAGCUCUCUUAAAGCUAACGGAGGAGGCGACUGCCCUGAGUUAGGCAUGACGGGAUUAUAUCAAGCCCUUCUUCAAAGUGUCGAAGACUCUGCUAUUUACUUCUUCUCCGAUGCCGACGCCAAAGAUCUAAUGUUAACUCAAGUAGUUCUUAUUUUGGCAAAGCAAAAAAGAGUGAGGAUAAAUUUUAUAUUAAGUGGACGCUGCUCAUAUGGACGAAAACGAAGAUCAAGCAUUGUGGAGGCACACCUAGGAUCACAACAUCUGUACCAAAGCUUAGCUUCAGGCACUGGAGGUCAGGUUCUGAGAACCAAAAAGAACAAAGUUUCGGUUCUUGUGGAUAUUAUUGGCUCUAAAAGUUCAGGUGCCGACUUCAGAGAUCUUACUGAGGUCAUUUUGUUGCACGUGAAGAGCGAUGCUAAGGAAAAGGCCCAAGACAUUCAGUUUUCAAUUGACGUGGAUAAUACUCUGGAGGAUAUUUUGAUAGUGUUAUCUGCAGAAGCUGAUCCUAGCAUAACCUUGCUAAAUCCAACCGAAAACCAGCCCUUUACAGCUAAGGUUUACAGUCAGUUUGAUUACAUCCACGUGACUGAAGUUGGGAAUUUUAAGAGUGAACCGCUAGUGAUAAGCGUGCGAUGCACUGGACCCUACAGUCUUCAGGUCACUGGACGGAGUACACUGGACUUCACCUAUCAGCUUUCGUCAGUUGAAAAUCUGGAGACUCGUGAAAGCAAGCGCUUACUCGGAAGUCCUGUUAAAGGUCAAACGCUGCUCCUAAACUUGGCCUUCACCAAACCAGAGUUCAUAACGGAGGUCAUUUCACUCUCACUUUUGAACUCGAAUGGUGCAGCGAUGGAAUCGUUUUCAGUCGAAAGAGGCCAAGGAAUUCACAGCGGUUCUUACUUUGUUCUUUUUACUCCCUCUUCUGAAAGAUUCCGCUUUCAAUUGACUGGGAAAACAACCGACGAUAAAAUUAUACGGAGAGUAAAACCGACAGAAAUCCAAAUAGGAGAAGUUCAGUUUGACUAUCGGUCGGUCAACUACUCAGGAAGAAUUUUCCCUGGCAUUACUGCCAACAUACCUUUAAAAAUUAAAAAUGUGGGCAUCUCCCAGAACUUAACAUUGAAAGCAAUGGACGACCUUGGAUUUAUUAAGUCAUUGGUACCUAAUUACCUCUUCGUUGCCGAAAAUGACACUGCUCAAUUCUCACUGGUAAUGAGGGCGCCAGCUAAUGCCAGUUCUGGAGAAACAAGUACUGUUACACUAUAUGCAACAGUGACAUCCAGCGGCAAGCUAUCCAACUACAUGGUGUUUUAUGUUAGCGUCACAACAAAGGAAGACGACAACUCUCCACCGAGAUGCCAAGUUAAUAAUCAAUCAGCAACGUGCGAUGCCGUGUUCAAUCUAUCCACGUGUUCAAAUAUGACGUGGACAGCGUACACAAACGUUCUUGACCUAGGAAAAGGGCUAUUAAGAAUUACAGCAAAGAACUCCAAGCUUGGAAAGUUAACUGUUGUUCCCUUUCAAGCAGGAAUAUCCAACAAAUCCACAGCAGCGGUCUACACUUCAACAUGUUGCCAUCCUACCGCCAGCAUUGUCGCAGUUGAUCAACUCGGUAACACGGGUGUUUGUGAAUUAAGCGCAGUAACACAAGUUAUAAACAUACGAACUGACACCAAAUACUCCAAAUUGAAUGUCAUCGUGGGAGAAACGUCCAAGCUUGAAUUUAACAUCACAAAUUUAGGAACUCAAGGCUCGUUUGCUUUACAAUUAUUUGAGAACAAGUAUUACAUUGGUUACGUGACUCCUCUAAACAUUAAGAUGGAUCACAGAGAAGUGGUGAGAUGUGAAGUUGUCCUGAUCGGUAAUAGAGAGACUGAGUCUAAUGAGACAAGGCUUGUAGUUGAAGCAACAACCCUGGAAAAAGAAAUAAACACCCAAGACACACGCGUAUUGCAAAUGGGCGUGAUUGUGCAGGCAAGAAAAGAAGAUCGGCCAAAACCUUCACUUGAAGUGAACAUUACAGCUGAUUUAGAUCCUAAACCAAUGCUCAUCAUCCAGUACGGAGUUAAGGUUGUGCUGAGAUUUACGGUGACUAAUAAUGGCUUGGCUGGAACAUUUUAUUUUAAGUCAUCACCUUCAUCUGUCAUCUCCACUCAGUUUACACCGAAUCCAGUCUACCUUAACCACAGUGAGACAACCUUGCUCAAGCUUGAAUUACAAGCUAAAAGAAAACAGCUUCUAGAAGAGACGAUGCGGGUCAGUGCGACAUCACAUUCAAGCAGCAAUGAAAUAAGGCUUUUCAGUAGAAAUGUGAAAGUCAUUCUAAAAGAGGAAAGUCCAAUCUACUCUCUCAGGAGCCUGGUACCGAGUGGAAAGGUGGUAAUAAAUGCUGGAGCCACAGUCAGAGUCAACUUCACGGUCAUAAAGGUUGGUCAAGCUGGACAAUUCGAUUUCAAGGUAAGCCGCCUGUUACAACAGGUCAGUUACAUCGAGCCUUUGCCACUGACUGAUUAUCGCUCUCGAAUAUGUAAUCAUUUUGUGUUCCAUCAAUCUGUAUUACCCGUUCUUUCCUCGUAUUUCCAUAGCACUUGAUCGGAGCCUUCCUUCUUAAAUGUAUUUUAAAGUUCGAUAUAUUGUUUUGAAUGUAAGGGAAAAGUAGAGCGAAAAUGCAUUACAUUCAAAACAACUUAUUAAAUCAACGAAAAUAGUGAUCUUUGAAGAGCAACCUGCCCUGAAUUCCUGAUUCCACAACAUCAGAGGUAGACACCUAUCGGCGUGUUGGGAAAAAACGCUGGAAAACUUAGUUUGAGGUGAUAUUAAACGAAUACUUUAAGUGAAGUAGUGGUAACAACAUAUACAACUAAAGUUCGCGUGACGAAAUGGCUAAAGUGGACCUUUGCUUGGAACCAUUGCUUUACUUUUACUGACUUUACGACGAUGAGCCGCGUUCCCCCCCGGUCUCACCUGAGCAGACUGGGUCUGAGAAAUAGACACACAUGACGAAGUAGCCUCGAUGUCAAUAUAUCGAUUGAAGAAGUUCCAUUAUGCCACAUAUCGAAAGCUUAUUAACGUGUAAGUGACAGAAUGUCUUCUAAAUAGCUGUUUUGGCGGUCAAAGGACAUCAUUUGAGUCUGGCGAUCGGUAACUUGACUUGCAGCAUUCGAAGAACUGAAUGUUUGCGGCAGUUGGCGAUUCCAAGAGUGCUGUUAUGCGCUAAAAGAUGGAAACUUGGUUUGCGACUGUGUCAGGCCAAAACAGAGCAGGUGUAAAAGCAGAUCACUUCAAGGGCACAAAAAAGGUAUUUUGGCGAGUUACAUGACAAGUAGUAGGUACCGGGCCUGUGAAAGUAUGAAUGUUUUGACCUGGUUUUAGACUUAUAAUAUGUCUUGACUUGGCGGGAAGGUGCAUUCCGUGUCACAACAGUAUAGUUACCCAUAAUGCAUUGCAAGAUGUAUGUGAAAAUAAAGGCUGCU